AUGCGCUCGCCUGCCCUUCUUCAAGUGCUCUGCCUCUCCCUCAUUGCGAUCCCCUACUCUGGCUUGGCCAACCCUUUGAUCGGCCGCGAUGCAGGGACAUGUGGGUCCCCCGUUUCUGUCUCCAGUAGUUCUGUUACGAUCGGCAACAACACUGUGACACUCGACGUCCUUGCUUGCACCGUGCAGCUCCAGGCUGAUGGGCUCCUUGGUAUCCUGUGUCCUAUUCUCGGUUUGUUCUGCCCACCAAAACCUAGACCAGUCAAGCACACCUCGACGGUCACGAUUGUGAAGCCGACAACGAUCACGGAAACCGAUACAGAAACUUCGAUUGCGACCGUGACGCAAACUGAAACCGACACAGACACGAUCACAGCGACCCUCACGGUCACGGCCUCGCCCAGCCCUACGCCCACCGCGACCGACGUGUGUGGACUGAUCUGCAAUACACUCUGUAGUGACCUCGGUCAACUCCCUCCCAUAGACGACGAUUGUCAAGUGAUCAAAGAUUCCAUUCAAAUCUUCGAAGGAAAUUCCGCGCCGACAUUCAUUGUUCAGCCUGCUCACAUUCAACAGCUCACAUUCGGAACUUGCCGCUUCUUUUUUGAGAAUCUUGGUACAGUGCCUUUGGAGUAUUGUUGGCAGGAUCUCGCCAACACAGGAUCUGUCGCAGCAACGCAGUGCUUCCCGCCAACCAACCCUGUAAAUUCUCUUGCAGUGUGCGAAGCACCGGACAAUACCUGGGAAGUUGGGUGCGGUUUUUCAUCUUCCUGA